AUGAAACGAAACAAAGCAAUCGAUCCCCACAAACCAUUACCUACCUACAAUUCCACCUACCCACCUCCAACCCCAGAUGCGGCAUACCCAAACGCAAGCCCGUGCCUCCACCACAACCAGCACCAACAAUUGACCAACCCAAACCCCACCCCCAAACGCCAAAAUGGCCUCCAGUGCAAUGGACCCAACUCCCCAGAAAGAAAAAAACGCCUCUUCCUCCUCUCAAUCGCAAUCGCCCUACUCCUACUCGCCCUGAUCGUCGGUCUUGCAGUCGGUCUAACCCGGCAUUCCAAACAAAACCUUCCUCUCCCCACAGCCAACGGAGGCCCCUACACAGGCGACCUGACAUACUACGACCCGGCCCUGGGCUCAUGCGGAAUCACCAGUUCCAAUUCGGAUUUGAUCUGCGCGGUGUCGCAUGUUCUCUUUGAUGCUGCGUCGACGGGGUCGAAUCCGAAUGCGAACCCGCUUUGUGGGAUGAAGGUGAGGCUGAAGAGGGGAGAGGCAAGUGUUGAUGUUACGAUUGUGGAUCGGUGUACUGGAUGUGCCGUCAAGGAUCUGGAUGUUAGUCGGGCGGUUUUUAAGAAGUUGGCGGAUUUGGAUCUGGGGCGGGUGAGUGUUGACUGGCUUGGUUGGAGGAGACGCCUGUUUCUGUGA